UCAGCGCUGCGGGGGAGUUGCGGCUCUCGCUGGGUUUCUCCGGCCGCCGCCGAGCGAUCGAUUCCUGAGCCCGCGCCCUCCCUCCAGCCCCGGGCCCCGCCGAGCCGAACCGCCUGACCCCGGGCCCGCCUCUACUCACCCGCACUCUGUCCGCCGCGCGCAGCGCAGCGGUUGUUCUCGGGUUUUGAAUCGUGCCGGGGGCGAGUGCGCGCUCCCGAGUCGUGGCCGCCAUGAGUGUGGACGCGUACGGGCCGAGCUCACAGACCCUCACCUUCCUGGACACGGAGGAGGCCGAGCUUCUGGGGGCCGACACACAGGGUUCCGAGUUCGAGUUCACCGACUUCACAUUGCCGUCACAGACACAGACACAAGGCCAGAGUCAAGGCCCCAUCGACGGUCAGGUGAAUGGACCAGAUGGAGUUCUCCAGAAUGGAGCAGUUGAUGAUGCCGUUGCCAAAGCAAGUCAGUUAUUACCGGAAUUGAACUUUGAGGAGGAUGAAGAGGAUACAUACUACACCAAGGAUCUUCCUUUGCAUGCCUGCAGUUACUGCGGAAUUCAUGACCCGGCCUGUGUUGUUUACUGCAACACCAGCAAGAAAUGGUUCUGUAAUGGCCGUGGAAACACCUCCGGCAGCCAUAUUGUUAACCAUCUGGUGAGAGCCAAGUGCAAGGAAGUGACUCUGCACAAAGAUGGGCCACUGGGAGAGACUGUUCUGGAGUGUUACAACUGUGGUUGCAGGAAUGUAUUCCUCUUGGGUUUCAUCCCUGCCAAGGCUGACUCUGUGGUGGUGCUGCUAUGCAGACAACCAUGUGCCAGUCAGAGCAGCCUGAAGGAUAUCAACUGGGAUAGUUCACAGUGGCAGCCACUAAUCCAGGACCGUUGCUUUUUGUCUUGGCUGGUGAAGAUUCCUUCAGAGCAGGAGCAACUGCGAGCCCGUCAGAUUACAGCACAGCAGAUCAACAAGCUGGAGGAACUCUGGAAGGAUAAUCCUUCUGCUACCCUUGAGGACUUGGAGAAGCCUGGAGUGGAUGAAGAGCCCCAGCAUGUACUCCUUCGUUAUGAAGAUGCCUAUCAGUACCAGAACAUCUUUGGUCCGCUGGUCAAGCUGGAGGCUGACUAUGACAAGAAGUUAAAGGAGUCACAGACUCAGGACAAUAUCACUGUGAGAUGGGACCUGGGCCUGAACAAGAAAAGGAUUGCCUACUUCACUUUGCCCAAGACAGACUCUGACAUGCGCCUGAUGCAGGGUGAUGAGAUCUGUCUGCGCUACAAAGGUGAUCUGGCACCUCUUUGGAAAGGAAUCGGCCACGUGAUCAAAGUCCCGGACAGUAUCCUUUAUUAUGGGGAUGAGAUCGCUAUUGAACUCCGCAGCAGUGUUGGAGCUCCAGUUGAAGUAACUCACAACUUCCAGGUGGAUUUUGUCUGGAAAUCAACUUCAUUUGACAGAAUGCAGAGUGCAUUGAAAACCUUUGCUGUGGAUGAGACCUCUGUCUCCGGCUACAUUUACCACAAAUUGCUUGGCCAUGAAGUGGAGGACGUGAUCAUUAAAUGCCAGCUCCCUAAACGCUUCACUGCCCAUGGCUUGCCUGACCUCAAUCACUCGCAGGUUUAUGCUGUGAAGACUGUUCUCCAGCGCCCCCUCAGUCUGAUCCAAGGCCCUCCAGGCACUGGAAAAACUGUCACCUCUGCCACUAUAGUGUAUCACCUAGCCAGACAAGGCAAUGGUCCUGUCCUGGUGUGUGCUCCAAGUAACAUUGCAGUGGACCAGUUAACUGAGAAGAUCCAUCACACAGGCCUAAAAGUGGUGCGCCUAUGUGCCAAGAGUCGUGAGGCCAUCGAUUCACCAGUCUCUUUCCUGGCUCUACAUAACCAGAUCCGUAACAUGGACAGCAUGCCUGAAUUGCAAAAGUUGCAGCAGUUGAAAGAUGAGACUGGAGAGUUGUCAUCUGCAGAUGAGAAACGCUACCGUGCGCUCAAAAGGACUGCAGAGCGGGAGCUGCUGAUGAAUGCAGAUGUUAUUUGCUGUACCUGUGUAGGAGCUGGUGACCCACGCUUGGCUAAGAUGCAGUUCCGUUCCAUUCUGAUUGAUGAGAGCACACAGGCCACAGAGCCUGAAUGUAUGGUCCCCGUGGUCCUGGGAGCAAAGCAGCUGAUCCUGGUGGGUGACCAUUGCCAGCUUGGUCCAGUUGUCAUGUGUAAGAAAGCUGCUAAAGCUGGUCUGUCUCAGUCACUAUUUGAACGCCUGGUUGUUCUGGGGAUCCGACCAAUCCGUCUGCAGGUCCAAUACCGGAUGCAUCCAGCUCUCAGUGCCUUUCCAUCCAAUAUCUUCUAUGAGGGCUCACUGCAAAAUGGUGUCACUGCAGCGGAUCGUAUAAAGAAAGGCUUUGACUUCCAGUGGCCACAGCCAGACAAGCCAAUGUUCUUCUAUGUGACCCAAGGCCAGGAGGAAAUCGCUAGUUCAGGGACCUCCUACCUCAAUAGGACUGAGGCAGCCAACGUAGAGAAGAUCACCACUAAACUGCUGAAGGCAGGCGCCAAGCCCGAUCAAAUCGGGAUCAUUACACCAUAUGAGGGGCAGCGAUCAUACCUGGUGCAGUACAUGCAGUUCAGUGGCUCUCUUCACACAAAACUCUACCAGGAGGUCGAGAUUGCCAGUGUUGACGCGUUCCAAGGCCGAGAAAAAGACUUCAUCAUCCUAUCAUGUGUCCGAGCCAACGAGCAUCAGGGCAUUGGAUUUCUCAAUGACCCCCGUCGAUUGAAUGUGGCCCUCACGAGAGCGAGGUAUGGUGUGAUUAUUGUGGGGAAUCCAAAGGCUCUGUCCAAACAGCCACUGUGGAAUCAUCUGCUGAAUUAUUACAAAGAGCAAAAAGUGCUGGUGGAGGGGCCACUGAACAAUCUCCGCGAGAGUCUGAUGCAGUUCAGUAAACCACGGAAGCUGGUCAAUACCAUCAAUCCGGGAGCCCGGUUCAUGACCACAGCUAUGUAUGAUGCUCGAGAAGCUAUCAUCCCAGGCUCUGUAUACGACAGGAGUGGCCAAGCAGGAAGACCCUCCAACAUGUACUUCCAAACCCAUGACCAGAUCGGGAUGAUUGGAGCCAGCCCCAGUCACGUAGCUGCAAUGAAUAUCCCCAUUCCCUUCAAUCUGAUGAUGCCCCCAAUGCCGCCACCUGGGUACUUUGGACAAGCAAAUGGACCAGCAGCUGGUCGUGGAAUUCCAAAAGGGAAAGUGGGCCGUGGGGCUCGUCAGCGAAACCGUGGCAUGGGGAACCAGCUGAGCAGCCAGUCCAACCUGCCCAACAGCCAGGCCAGCCAGGAUGUGGUGUCGCAGCCAUUCUCUCAGGGGCCUCUGACACAGGGAUAUAUCUCCAUGAGCCAGCCUUCACAAAUGAGCCAGCCUGGCCUUUCUCAGCCGGAACUCUCUCAGGACAGUUACCUGGGAGAUGAGUUCAAGUCUCAGAUUGAUGUCGCCUUGUCGCAGGAUUCCACUUACCAGGGCGAACGUGCAUAUCAACAUGGGGUGACUGGGCUGUCACAGUACUAGAACGUUAAGGAGAGGAGAGCUAGGCUUGAGCCAAGCUUAGUUCAACAGUAAUUCAAUCUGGGGAAUAAAAACAAAAAUGGAUACCUGUUUCCACUGCGACUACCGAGGCAUCAACUGUGAGAGAGCAACAGGAGAGAGAAAAACCAACCAAACAGGAGGAAGAGAAGAGAAAAAGGGAGAGAGGAGAGAGAAAGACCACUGCUAGCAGAUUGAGACGAGGAGAUUGACUGGAGGAACGAAGGAAUAGAGGGCACUUAUGCGCCUUGUCAGCCGGGCCAGGCCUGGUCUCACACAUCUACUAAACUCUAUUACUGUUACCAUGCAACUCGCCCUUGGAAAGAAUAUCACAAGCUGCUGAGACCCUGCUCCCAGCUCGUCAAACAAGGGAGAGAGGAGGGGCUCGCACUAAACUAACAGUUACCUGCUACAUCCGGACAACCCGUUCCUGGAGGCUGUGGGAGACCUUCUUGGUUUUGGGAAUAAAAGGGAAUGUUAUCUCUCAGUUGUGCUCUGGACGCUAUAAUCAGCGAUUAAACUGUAAAUUUCAGCAGUUAGACCGUCGAGAAGCAAAGAUUAAUUUCUGGCAAAACCCAGUUGACACAGCUGCCUUGUGCCUCCACCCCCUUCAUCCACUUCAAAGUCAUGAGUUGAUCUCAAGAUUCAGGCUUUCUGCCCAGUGCUAUCGUUUCAUGUUGCUUUCUCAAACUUUCUGCAGUAAAUGGUUUUAACGCGUGUUCCAAGUUGGGGUUCACGAAGGGUUAACUGUGGACUGUCUGUCAGAUUCCAGCACUGGGCUGUGGGAGAAUUCUGCUCCUCAGAGUUUUCUUUUUGCAAGUUUUAGAUUUUUAUUAGAAAUGCACAGAACUACAGGAAAAGCUGAUGUUGGCCACUGCUCCUCAGGAAAGAGCAAUCAGUCAAACCAUGACUGGUUAGUCCAUGGAAGAGGUUUUCAAACCCACCCUAAUCGGCUACACUAUGGAUGUUUUUCCUCUCAUGUUCUGUGUCUGAGACGAUCUGCUUCCAAAUGGUUUGUUUUAGCUUCUAGCUGUCCGAGCGUGAUGAGAUCAGAAAAGGGAUUGCAGCAGUGGGUAACUGGUCCCUGCUUUAGACCAGCCACAAUGAAUCCAGGGAGGCAGGAGAGUGGCUGCAGCCGUCUCUCUCUGUUAGGCAAGCAGGUGUUUACAUUGACAUUGAGAGCUUUAGUAAAGCAGCCGGGGUGCAAGAAUGUUUUUCACGUGGAAGUGAGGUGCUGGGUGCUGGACUCAGCAGGAACACAUCAAGAAUUAUCUGGGUGGCUGUUUAAUUCUUGUCAACUGAACAUUGUAACGAAUCUCUUGGUAACAGGUUAACCAGAAAUUGGGUAGUGAAAGCCUUUUAAAGUACCAAGUUUAACCUGUUUCAUUAAUUUCAGUGUCAUUUGCAUUAAUUACUGAAUUCUUUUAAACAAAUACAUUUAGGAAAACCUUUAUAUGUAUUGAUGCCAGUACAAAGACUUGUAUUGUGCAGAGACUGGCAGUGUUUCCUAUACAGCCCUGAUCCUUCCCCCAAUCUAACAACAACUCGUUUUAAACCGAAGCUGUUUUGGAAAGUGAAGAACUUUCCACCACUAACGAGAAGCAAACAGUUAACAGCCUGGACAAUUGUCUCUUGCAUCUAUAUAUGAUGUUCAGGGCUACAGUCUGGAACAGUGAAUAAUAAAGGCUGGGGUUUUAAUCAAAUAGCAUUAGGGUGAGUGUAUAAAAGGGUUUCGUCUGUAAUACUGUGUAUGGCACACUUUGCCUAGUUGCUGUUGUGCAGAGAAAAGCUGGCCAUCACUGGUCUACAAAUUCUGCCUUUUCCCACAUGAAUUCACAUGAGAAAAUUCUGAUCAUCAGGCAGAGAAAGGCAGGUACAGCUAGCUGUAAUACAGCAAGUUUCUAAAUGGCCUGGCAACUAACCCCAUGUGUUGCACUGUAGGGAAUAUUGAAGAACCCUCGCAACUGUCCAGAAAUUCAAUUUUAUAAACAGAAGGCACAACAUUUGUGUAAGGUGAACGUCACCACAGGUCUUGGCUUUCAACUAUUGCCUCACUUUUAAAACAGAUUUUGCCCUCGAGUGGGUUCUGAUCUGAAGGCAGGACAGAUGCACAAGUAGUGAGGCUUGUUCCACUCUUGGCCUCACCCCUUCACUGCCUAAUCCCUUUUUGCUAACCGUCGAUCCCAUUGAUUCUGUGGUAGCAACCAUAUUGAUUUGAAGGCGAAGGCUGUGUUGCUGAGGAGCACUGGGUUAGCCUGUUGUCUCUAAUGGCUGUACGUAUAGUGUAUGGUUUUGGGUAGCUAUGCUCCCUCCAUUACUCUUUACUCAGCUAUGCUGAUCCUAUUGGUGACCAGCAGUCUGACAGGCAGCUGCUGUGGACUUGGGAUGGGUGUGACCACUAGACCCUCCUGUCAAGUGGCAAGAUAUUUUAGGGCACAGGGUCUGGCGGAAGGGGCUUCUCCUUUUAUGAAUUUUUUUUUUUUUGGCUUCCUGGCAGAAUUGUUAGAAGUUCAUAGUUGCAUUUGUUUAUGGUAGUUAAUUCGAUUCAGCUGUGAGCCCUCUGUAAAAGAUAGAAUCCAUUGGAGAUCAUCUUCAUUCACCACCCCAACCCCCAAAAACAAUCUCCAUUGGUUGACUUACGCUGUGCUUUGUUUUACUUUGUGUAGCAGGGAGAUUCCAAUUUUAAAUCCAUGCCUAUCCUGGUGCUGGUUCUGCAUCUGUUCAGUGGAAAAUGUGUUUUUCCAAAUCUGUCUGAAUUGUUUUAUUUUAAACCUAUUUGUCUGUAACAUGAACCAUUAAUAAAAUUAGCUCUGCAUAAA